GAAAUCUCACAUUUUGAAAUUACAGAAAACUCCAAAGAACCCAAAAUUGAAUAUUGAAUAUUGAAAAUUGAAAAAAUCUCUCUUUGAAGAAUUGAAAUCUCUCUUUGAAGACGAACGAACCUCGUUGAUUCCUCCAUUCCUCUUCGGCUCGUCCAUGAAUGAACCCGGUUCGGAUCCGGAUCCCGGGUCUUACCCAAUUCCGCAUGCUUCAGUCCAUCUCGCCCCUUUCUUCUCUCCGUAUACUCGUCGCCUCUCUACUCACUUUACCCGUCGUUGCCAGCCUCUACAAUCGUCUCCCCCGCUAGCUUACAUCUCUCUCCAGGGUUUACUCGUCAAUUCCGAUGAAGCCAGCUCAGCGCGAUCAAUCGGCGGCGGAUUGAGCAGAGAGGAAUCCCUUGCGUGGGAGCUCUUCACGCCUUACCAAAGAUUCCUGCUUGUGGCGGUCAUUGGUGUCGCCGCCGCUCAGUCGAAGAAGAAUGGUGUCAUUCGUCAGCUCCAGAAAUCAGUUGAUCUUAGGGAUCAGCUUCUUUCAAGCAUGCAACAAAAGCUUGAUGAUUUGUGUCAUGAGCUAAAUCUUGCCAAGGAUCAGUCUGGAGCUGUAUCAAAGGUCUCAGAUCAUGAUUAUCCACAGUCAGCUCUUAAAGAAAAGUUUGGAUCUGAGAGGAUUAAUUUCGUAGAUUGUGGCUGCUGGCUAUGUGAUCAACAUCAUCACUCGUCACCUGCUGUACAGGAUAAAGCUCCCACAAAUCUGGUGCUUGAUGCAGAGCCAGAGGAAAGGCGUAUGUCUUACAUGUCAGAUUGGUGUUCUAGUGUCACUUCUGCUGCAGAAACCCAUUUUGAUAGUCUUUCACUCGACCAAGACAUGCUUUCCCUCAGAAAGGAGUGUCAAGAGAAAGAUGCAACAAUAAAGGACUUAACUUCAUUUCUUCAGCUGACCAACAAAGCUGGUUCAAAACGAGAAACAGAGCUUGAAGAGAUUAUUAGCAGGAAAAAAACGAUAAUUAAGAAGCUCAAGAGAGACGUAUUGGUGUUAGAAGACAAGGUCACACAGCUCACUAGGCUCCGGAGGUCCUCCUAUUCACCUGCAGUCUCAAAUACCCAUGAGUUCCCAAUGAGAAUGGAUAAUCUUCUUUAUGAUAUGGAUGUUCUUACAGCUUCUUCAUCCUCUGAUUCAGAAGCUACUGUAAACACACCCCAGCGAGCUGUGCUGGAGGCUCCAGUUGAUUCCGUAAAGGAGGAACCCGCAACUUUGGGACAAACCAAUAAAUCAGCGCCAGCUAAAUCCUCGACGUCACUUGUGAAAUCUGUAAAGCCGCCUUCAGUAGUUAGUCCAUCGACUACUCGGAAGCCUGUUUCAGUUUCUUCUUCUUCAAGGGUGAGACGGGGUUCCUCUACAGGUGAUUCAAAGAAACCUAGAAGGCCAAUUCAGACCAUCCCAAGAGAUUCCUCUGGUUCACAUAAGAGAUGGGUUUAAUAAGUAUUGGUCUGCUGAUAAGUUCAAGCUCUGAGAAAAAAACAAAAAUUACCAUUGAAUUGUACUUAAAAGUUUAGACAAGAGAUCCAUAGUUAGUUUGUUAAGUUCAAAUUUAAAAUUGUUUGAGUAAGUUAUGACUGGACCUGUUUAAUAUAUGUCUGAAGUGCAGAACCAGCUGCCAGAUGUGAAGUUGGUGAAUCUCGAGUUAUAUAUUGUAGCUAAAGAGUAUAAUAUAAUAAAAAAAGUUAUUUGUGUUGACUUCAUC